AGAUGCUCCUGAUUUAAAGGCAACUCAAUGGCAACGGUGGCGGAGAAAUCUGCUUUCGCAUCGUUUCGACGAGUUAUAAGCGAGUUGCGGAAGUCUGAUAAGACCUUUACGAGGAACUCUCCCCAGUACAAGUACCUUGUAGAUCAGUUAAGAGACCAUCAAGUAACCCAACGAAUUUAUUCCAAAGCGCCGCAGGAGGCUGAACAUGUUGCCAAUCUUUACGCGACAUACUUAUCGAGUACACGAAAAUUGAUCAAACUUGAGGAGCGUUACAAAGGUGGUGAACGAACGGUAGAAGAAAGUGCAAGGCUUGUUGGUUUAUCUCUACCUGAGAAGAAGAAUUAGACUCAAACGGGUUUUGUCGAAACCUCAAGUCGGAUGAGUUCUCACUCUCAAUGCUCAGCUAUAUAGGAACUACUAAUAAAGAUUGCUACUGACCCUUCGUUCUGGUUUUAAAGGCGUACUCGCUUUUUAUAUUAUCUACUUCCUCCAGUCAAAUAUAAA